UACUUUCUUUCUAAAAAUGAGCGCUUGCAUUGUCACGGUGCAUAUGGAGCGUUUUAAGUAAUGACAUAAAACGAUGGUAGGGAGUGGUAUUUAUUUUACAGGGCAAUGGAAGGAGGUUAUUAGGAAAGUAACAAUACUUCAAACAUUUCCUUACCAACAUGGGAAUUUAGAUGAAAGGAAACAAGGUUAAGACUCAUUUAAGACUGUAUCAUUCAGAAAUACAAGAGAAUUGUGAAAGUCAAAGACAAUGUAGGACAAUAGCUUGUUCAACAUACUGCAUAUUAUUUAAAAUAUUCCAUCCAGCAUUCUGGGCUCAGGAGUAGUUCUGACUGUGUCAAUCAUGGCUACAGGAAAUGACACCACUGUCAGCACUUUCACCAUGAACCACUCAACUGAGAUUUCUUCUUUAGAGGAUAUGGAUCUUGAGGAGUUUGACGUUGGAACAGCAGUGGCUUGUGUGAUCCUCAGCCUGUCUUUCCUGAUUGGGGCUCCCGGGAACCUGCUGGUGAUCUGGACUAUCCUGAGACACGUCAGGCAGCAUUCCCACACUGUAGUGCUCAUCUUGCACCUGGCAGCUGCAGACCUGCUGGUCCUCAUCACCUUGCCCCUGUGGAUCUACUCCCUGGUGUACACCUGGGUGUUUGGAGAGGCUUUUUGCAACAUCUUAGUGUACAUUGUCAAUGCAUGCAUGUUCAGCAGCAUCUUCUUCAUAACUCUUAUGAGUGUGGAGCGCUUUCUAGCCAUUUGUCACCCAUUUGUGAUGAUGCGCUGGAAGAUCACAAGCAUUAUGAACCGAUGUCUUGUUUUUUUGUGGCUCCUUGCCUUGCUUCUAGGACUGCCUGCUUUACUGAUCAAUCCUUUGGAUGAAACUGAUGGCAAUGAUCAAUGUUUUUCCAGGGAGUUCCGCUCUGUGACUGAAGUGAUCAUCCUCUUAUGCCUGGAGACCUUGGGAGGCUUUGUUGUCCCUUUUAUCAUUCUUAGUAUCUGUUAUUGUCUAGUAGCUGCACGGCUCAGAAAAAUGCGUUUCAACUCCAAACAGAAAUCCAUGGUUCUUGUCCACACUGUGGUGAUAGCCUUCACUCUGUGCUGGUUGCCUUACCAUAUUAUCAACAUUGUUGAUCUGGUUUGCAUCCUAGGGACAGACACAGAACACGAGUGUGUGCACAAGAGUAUUGUUUAUAGUUCUGGUGCUCUUGUUUUCAUUAGCAGUUCAGUCAAUCCUGUAUUAUACGCGUUCUUUGCGAGAAAUUUACAAGGGAGUCUCGAGGAGUCCCGACUGGUCAGGCUGUUCCAGGAAAUAGCAACUCAUGCUAACAAACUCAGGGAACUGGUAAUACAACAUCAGACAGGCCAGAGGGCAGCAAAUACACAGGUAGAGCUGAUGUCUGACCGUGAAACAAGCACUGAAAUGGUGCUGAUGUGAAAAUGUAAAUUGCGAUAAAAAAAGGAAUAGGGAAGCAAAUACAUCUGUUUUAUUUUCUCUCAGCUUUACCUCAGAUAAUUAAAAAAAACCUUUAUGUUGUAAAAGAGUGCUGACAGCAGAGAUUUGGAUAUGUGUUGCUAUUCAUAUCAUUCAAAUACCAUUCCUUCCCACCCUUGUCUCAGUUUCACCUUGGAUGUCAAUGCAAGCAAACAUAUGAUUGUGAUUGUUAUGCUGAUAAUAAUCUAUUGUUGUAAUUUUAAAUACUGAGAAGUUUAAAGUUUAUGUUUUGCUCCAAUAUUGUGUAUUGUGUUUUGUCUAUGAUAUAGAGCUG